CAGGAUUUGUUUGCACUGCUACUGCAAUUCGUGACUGUGCAGGAUCUAGCAACUACUGUGGCAUUCUUCCAAGCCCCAGUGACAUAUAUGGUUAUGCUGACUUAACCUGUGAAGAAAAUCAUUGCAGAUGUUCAGCAAUGGAACACUAUGACUACUGCACUUGCUUACCUCAUAUUGGCAGUUGUCUGAUAGAGAAGGACUCCGAGAAUAGAGUUGUGAAUCCAACAUCUGGGGGAAUUCCCGAGACUACAUACAGCUGUGUGGCAUCUGACAACUGUAACUAUGAAGUCCAUGUCAUUGGGAACUAUGAGAGCAGUAAUGGCAGACAUGGGUUCUUUACUGAGAGAGUAGCAGGGGACACAGACGUGAUAGUCAGUGUCUCUGGAGAGAGUCCUCGUCCUCUCAUACUAGUUCUGACAUCAUAUGAGCCAGUGAGGUGGAGACUGAGUGUCACUAAUGGAAUCACCAUCGACAGAGUCAUUCUGAGUUCCUACUACAACAGCACAGUCAGCUCAAGCCCUGCUAGUGCUAUCAGACUCACUGAAAUCCUAAGCCGCUCAGAGGGAAUCAGGGGGUAUGGAUCCGAUAUAGGAGGUGGAAAGACUGCAGACCUACUGUUGUACCUUCAAGGGAGGUUUGGUCCUGUAACAUCAUUCAGUGGUAGCUACAGAGCAAGUCGAUGGGAGCUCAACAUCAAGAGGAGAGCAGAAUGUGGUUGGGCCAGUACGGCCUGCCAAAACCUCUCCCCGCCAGCAAAUGGAAGAGUGGAUAUCUCCAGUUUGGAGCCAGAGACUACAGUCAGAUACAGUUGUAAUGUCGGGUUUCAGCUCUCAGGGAACAGAGUAAGGACCUGUCUGGAAUCAGGACUAUGGUCUGGGCAGGCACCAAAUUGCACCAAACACUUGUGCCCUCCUCUCUCUCCUCCUUCCAAUGGAAAAGUGAUGUUUUCUGACACAAGACCUUUCUCAAGUGCCACUUACACAUGUGACUCAGGAUUUGGUCUUGUUGGCCAGUCUGUACGCACCUGUGAACAGUCUGGAAGCUGGUCGAGAGAACCUCCAGUCUGUGUUGCCUCUGUGUCGUAUACUUCACCUCCCAAAUCAGACACCUCAACUUCAAGUUCUUCCAGUGGUGUUAGCAUAGGUGUGGCAAUUGCUGUUUUGGUGCUCGUCGGGACUGUCGUUCUAGUGGUAGCAAGAGUGUGGUUCCUACUACACAGGCACCGUAGCCUCUCGAGAGUCUCUCACCAGCGGUCGUCACCUCCAGUGCCCACUAUUCCAGCUCAUGAGACAACUAUCUCCCACCCUCCUCUCUCCAACCCUCCUCUCUCAACUGAGACUAAGUUGGCAGAGGAAUCCACAUUCUCAGCCAGUGUCUGACAAGCCGCCUGACUAUCACCAGGCAGUCAAUCUUCCCUCUGCUGACUCCCCUCCUUCUUAUUCUUCCCAAUGAGAUUAUACACGAUGAAUAUUAUGGGACAAUUAACAUAUAUACACACAGAUGUACAAAUAUUUUUCCGCAUGGUAUUUCUCACACACAACAUAAAUUAUUGUGGUCUGUCAUGAUACUUCAGGCUAUUCAUCUAAUUUUAAGAAUGAUGGUCCGAGUCUCUUCUUCAGAACAUCUGAAGCAUGUAAAAAAGGAUUUGUCGUGUAUC